AUGAGUACAAAGCUAGAAAACGAGGCAGAGGAUGCCAACAUCUCAUAUCCCUCGCCCGGCACUGAGGCAAUGGAAGCUGGCCCUUUUUACAACACUAGUGGCCGAGACGUCCCUCAAGACCACCAAGAGCACGAGCACCAUGAGCAUCAUGAGUCCCAUCACGAGCCUCAUCAUGAACAGUUAGACCAUCAUGCGCCGGAACAAGUACAACAUGUGCAAGCUCCAGAGCACAAUCAGAAUGACCUGCAACCUCCAGAACCGGAAACCCCUCAGCAGCACGUUCCUCGUCCUGCCAACCUGGAAGAGCUUCAGCUGGCAGCCCAGUUAGGCCAAGGUCUAGCUGGAGCGCCCAUGAUGUCAGCCACAGACCCCAACAUGAACGUCGAGGACCCCAACCUGCGAAGCAUCAUGCCUCACCCUGACCCCGAGCAGCAGCAGACACCGUCAUAUGUUCACGAUACUCCGACGAGCGACCAAAUGGUAUCGCACGCCAUGUCUGUUUCUGUUGGGCCACCAAUGGGCCCCCAAUACCCUAUCGACAACAGCAUCCCACCCAGAAAACGAUCAAAGGUAUAUAUCAAAGAACUUGCAGAUCGCAUCCAUAGCAUCGAAAACAAGCUCGAGUCCGAUGGAGGCCUGAGCCAAGACGACAUCGACAGACUCUUUUCCACAGAUCGACCUCGGCAAAGCCAAGGCGAGGAUGCUGCUCGAAAACGACCCUUUUCCAGUAUUUCGACAAACGAUUUUGUUACACCCUCGCGACAAAUGCCAUGGGGCUCGGACCACAGGAUGCAGGCCUCGCCAGGGACUUCUGAAGCAUAUUCAGCUUACAACAACAACAACUCGUUGGCACCCCAAGCUACACCCAUUAGGCCAGACAGUACGCCCUCUAAACCUCCCGUGGCUGCUAUGGACGUGUCAAUGCCAGAUGCUCAUGAGACCGUUGACAUCGACGAAAGCAUGCUACAGAGUUAUUUGUCAACUGUUGGCCCUGUGUAUCCGAUAUUGCCAAGCACAAAGAAUCGAAUGCAGGCGUUACUCGCGCAGUGCCCAACAUCGGUCCAGAAUGCAUUUGCCAAUGCUCUUCCCGCUGUCGUAGGAUCCGGUGGUGACACAAAGCUUGCUAGCUUGCUACUUAUGGAACGCGAGAGCGAUGAAACCCAUGCCACACAAGCCACCUAUAUUGUGCAUGCCCAAACGCUGUUGCUGCUUAUUAUCGACGCAGACUGGCGUUCUUCACCAACUUUGCCAUACUUGCUUUCUCGUGCAGUUGGUCUGGCCAAUUCGAUUAAUCUAUGGCGAUACACUCCCGUCGAGUUGGUUUUGGAGUCCGACUCGGACUCAGAUGACCAGCUAUCAGUGCGGAUAUGGUGGUCAUUGAUCCUGAUGGACCGUUGGCAUGCUGUCGGCAAAGGAAAACCACCAAUGAUACCCGACAAUAGUACAGUCGCUCCUCCUGGCCUGGAGAAGAUCCUGGGAGAUGUGUGCUUUUACCUUGCUCGACUUUCAAAGCUGCUCAACUGUCUGUGGCAAGCUAUCUUCACAUUGCAGCUCGGAAUGUCCACAACCGAGGAGAUAGUGGCACGCAUACUCGCAGAUUAUGUCGAGAACUACCGAGAAGAUCUCCCUGCGCAUAUCUUGGCUACGUCGCAUCCCGUGGUGCAUCUAGCAUACUGGCACUGUAAGCUCAUGGUUGUGCUUUUGACACCAGGCGCUACGCCGACCGAAACGUUAUGGCCUACCAAGGAAGUGAUCAACCUUCUCUUUGCAAACGAGCACCUACGCAGUCCACUCGUCAAUCACUUUGUGUCUCUUAUUACGAUGUCUCUGGCGAAGCUUGUCAAGAUCGACAAGUCGCGAGAAGAAGCCACACAGCUGAUCAAGGACAUUGUGGAAAAGACAAACGAAAUGUGGAAUGGUGUUCGCGACAAACUCUCGGAAUUCUUGCGUCCAACAUCGUCAGUAGAGGCGGCAGCGAGCCAAGGCCUUCAACACCUGGCAGAUCUUGCCACAGCACAUGAGGGCAUCGCACCGGGAGGUGAUGAUAUCUCAUUUGGGCCAUCGUUGGCAUCAGGGUAUUUGGAUAUGGCGUAG